AUGGAAGUAGAGAAGAGAACAAAGAUGGGGUUUGAGGAGACAGAGCUAAGGCUAGGGUUACCUGGGAAUUGUGGAGGGGCCACUGAAGGAGGAGAGGUCGCAAGGAAGAGAGGAUUCUCUGAGACUGUGGACUUGAAGCUCAAUCUUUCUUCCAAGGAGGGGGAUAGCGAUCCAAAUCAUGAGAAGACUAAAAGUUUGCAAAGGGAGAAGAUACUUCUGGCCAUUGAUCCAGCAAAGCCUCCAGCUAAGGCACAGGUUGUGGGUUGGCCUCCAGUCCGAUCUUUCCGAAAGAACAUGUUAGCUAACCAAAAGAGCAGCACUUAUGAGGAGAGUACUGAGAAGGUUCCUGGGGGCAAUGCUACCUUCGUGAAGGUUAGCAUGGAUGGCGCACCUUACCUCCGUAAAGUGGACUUGAAGAUGUACAAGACUUACCAGGAGCUCUCUGAUGCCUUGGGCAAAAUGUUCAGUUCCUUUACUAUAGGAAAUUGCGGAUCCCAUGGAAUGAAAGAUUCCUUGAACGAGAGCAAGCUCAAAGAUCUUCUUAAUGGCACUGAUUAUGUUCCAACUUACGAAGACAAGGAUGGUGACUGGAUGCUCGUUGGCGAUGUGCCAUGGAACAUGUUUGUUGAAUCGUGCAAGCGGCUGCGAAUAAUGAAAGGGACGGAGGCGACUGGACUUGAUGAUUCUUCCAGCGAUCCAGUAGCUUUGCACAAUACUGAAGAGGAUUAA